AUGGUCAACUCCUGCUGUGGCUCAUCCUGCUCUGAGCAGGGUUGCUGCCUGCAGACCACCUGCUGCAGGCCCAGCUGCUGCCGCCCCAGCUGCUGUGUGUCCAGCUGCUGCAGACCCUGCUGCCAGUCUGUGUGCUGCCAGCCCUGCUGUCGCCCCAGCUGCUGCCGCCCCAGCUGCUGCAUCUCCAGCUGCUGCCGGCCCUGCUGUCAGUCUGUGUGCUGCCAGCCCUGCUGUCGCCCCAGCUGCUGCCGCCCCAGCUGCUGCAUCUCCAGCUGCUGCCAGCCCUGCUGUCAGUCCGUGUGCUGCCAGCCCUGCUGUCGCCCCAGCUGCUGCAUCUCCAGCUACUGCCGGCCCUGCUGUCAGUCCGUGUGUUGCCAGCCCUGCUGCCGCCCCAGCUGCUGCACUUCUAGCUGCUGCAGGCCUUGUUGCCAGCCCAGCUGCUGCCGCCCCAGCUGUUGUACUUCUAGCUGCUGCAGGCCUUGUUGCCAGUCCAGCUGCUGCCGCCCCAGCUGCUGUAGUGGAUCUUGCUGCUGA